CAAGUGAAUCGUUAUUCUAGGAUUAGGGUUUUCUCCUCACUCGCUCGCUCGCUCGGCGGCCUCGGCGUCUUAGCUCUCUCGCUGCACACCGUCAGUCGGCACUCCCACAAUCCCGCCGCAACCAUGGCCGAGCAGACUGAGAAGGCUUUCCUGAAGCAGCCCAAGGUGUUCCUCAGCUCUAAGAAGACAGGGAAAGGAAAGAGGCCUGGGAAGGGAGGAAACCGUUUCUGGAAGAGCAUUGGAUUGGGAUUUAAGACUCCCAGAGAAGCAAUUGAAGGCACAUACAUUGAUAAGAAAUGCCCAUUCACUGGUACGGUUUCCAUCAGAGGCCGAAUCAUCGCAGGUACUUGUCACAGUGCAAAGAUGAUGAGAACAAUCAUUGUCAGGCGCAAUUACCUUCAUUAUGUGAAGAAGUACCAGAGAUAUGAGAAGAGGCACUCCAACAUUCCAGCGCAUGUAUCACCAUGCUUCCGUGUGAAGGAGGGCGAUCACGUUACUAUUGGUCAAUGCAGGCCUCUGUCCAAGACUGUGAGGUUCAAUGUCUUGAAAGUGAUUCCUGCUGGUUCUUCUGGUGGCGGCAAGAAAGCUUUCACUGGCAUGUAAUUUCUUAUUUGAAGAGUUUUGACGGCUUUGCUGGCUGCGUAGAGUUAAUGAUUGAAGUUGCAAAUUUUCAUUUUGGUUGAACUGAUUUUGUACUACAGAGAGAUCUGUUUGAUGCUAAAGUGAUCCUGAAGUUUUGCCUGUUUUUUAUGCUUUGGUGAAUUUUCUUUUUCUCUGCAUCCACCUGGCCAAGGUCACAUUUAGUAACUCUCCCGUUAGCCUUUGUCCAACUAAGGUCACUCGAAUUACUUUUUUUUUAUGAAUGUUACUCGAAUUACUAAAACAAGUCACAUUUGGUUGUGACAUGUUUCAGUAAUUCGAGUGACCAAAAAUUAAUAUUAAUUUUUUUUUGACUAAACAUGAUAUGAUUUAGUAAUCUCAAUAACCAAAUGUGACAUUUACUUAUAUAUUUAUAUAGAUUUGAAGAUACCCUUCUUGAUUUUCAAAAUUUGAUUUUAGCUUCCAUUAGAAUGUUAGCCAUUGCCAAUGCGGUGCAAACGAUCCACCUUUGUGUGAACUAGCUCCACCACUGAUUACUACUAAUUGAAAUAAUAUGAGUAAGCAAAUGAAUUCAUAAUCUUCAUCACCAUUACAUAUCUAUAUACUGUUGGUCUAAUUUGUCACUUGAGUCAUGACUGAUCUAGGUCCAAAUCUCAAUAAUAAUAUUUUUAUCUUGAAAAAUCAAUAGAAUAUAAUAAGACUUUUCCAAAUAAUGACCUCGUGGAUUCAAAUUCCCCAGCCCAUUAUGCCUCCACAUCAGCAGACCCCUCCAGCCAAUCAAAAUAAGCCCAGCAAAAAAAAAAAAAAAACACAAAAUGUAAAACGGUAAAGCGACCCCCCAAAUCGACUCUUUCGCUUCUCCCGCCCUGCAACUCAUCACCGCACAAAACCUGGCAGCAAUAUCUCUUCCGGUUCUCCCAACCCUCCUUUCUGCAGACCAACAACAGCCAACACCGCCAACUGCUUCUCCUUCCUUCGGCGCCACCAGAAACCACCGCCGCCAACUCCUUCCCCUUCCUUUGACGCCGCCAGCAAACGCCUGCCCGUCGACAAUAGUGCCAUCCAUAAAUCCCACCUGCCCAGAAAACCCCACAUUCUACUUCCUCCGCUCCAUCCCACGGUUCCGUCCUCUAUUCCAAUUACGCUGCAAGAAGAGCAACUCGCACCCCGCUGCACGGCAAGGCUACGGCUAUACUUGCUGUCCAGUUACAACCCCGAUCUGCCAACGCUAUUUCUAGGCACACUAUUCAGCCCAAAGUUUCAAAAAAAAAAAAAACAUUGGUAUGUCAUACCCAACUUCUCAUUGUUUUUGGAGGUAUUUUGCUAGCUCUCUCGCUCCUUAAUUAGUCGGACCUCCAUAUCUCAAUUUAUAUUGCAAACUUUACCUAUCUAAAAAUAUAAUAUAUUUCCUGUAGGGAGCUCCUGUAAUCAAAGUGCUCAACCCUAGGGGGGAGGGCGCUAAUUCAUAGAAUUAGGAGGAGAGAGGGAUUCCAUAAUAUCUGGGAAUUAUUUGAUUAUUUGAUACCUUGACACAUGAAUGUUGUAGAUGGAUCGAAAAGGGAAAAGAUCAAUCUCCUGUUCGAAAGAACCUCGCCCCAAACGGUUACGAACUCCUGCAGCAAUCUCUCACCAGUACGGUAAGCACCACAUUUAUUCUUUCAUAUCACUUAAUACUCUUCCUCCCUGGCUGUUGGACGAUUGUUUGUAAGGACUAAGUCUCUUCAUUCCAAAUGCAGCACCAGCCGUCCAUACAGGUGAAGGUUCAUCACAAUAUUUUGCUUCGUCAAAUGCUACCAAUGCUGGUGAUCAAGGUAGUACUUCGAUAUCCAUGUAUGAUCUUUUUUAUGAAAUCAUACUUUUGAGAUAACACUAAGUUCCAUGUACACGUGUUUACCUCUAAUUUAUCUCUUUUUGUAUUUUUCAUUUCAAUGAACCUGGACAUCAAUGAUCAAUUUUGGUUUGCACCUUCAGCCUCCAUUAACUUCUCCCACCUUUCUAUUAUUAUAGAAACUCAACAUUACCAGGUCCUCCUCUCAACAUUACUCCAUUUCCAGAUUCAUAACCAGCAGCCCUAAUAAACUAAGCGACUUGAAAGGAUCCAUUUCCAUUUCCCUUACCUUAAUUUAAUAUAAUUUUUGCUUUUAU